AUGGGUUUAUGUUUUUCUUCUACAAAAGUUGUUAACGGCUCUAACGGAAACACAACGAAUAAUGAUAACCGUAAACGUAAUUCGACGACUUCGACUGAAACCGUUACCGGGACGUCAACGAAGGCGGCGGCGGCGGUGACGGUACAGAAACAUCUGGUGCAGAGCUCUGGUCAGCGGAGGAGAGGAGCGGAUGAAGGCCAGAAGAAAGGUACUCCGAGUCAGCAGACGAAGCCGAAAGAUAAAGUUAAUUCGCGGCAUAUUCCGUGUGGGAAGCGAACGGAUUUUGGUUAUGAGAAGGAUUUUGAUAAGAGGUUUUCGCUUGGGAAAUUGUUGGGACAUGGACAAUUUGGUUAUACUUAUGUUGGAAUUGAUAAAUCUAAUGGAGAUCGUGUUGCUGUUAAGAGACUCGAGAAAGCAAAGAUGGUUCUCCCCAUUGCUGUUGAAGAUGUAAAGAGAGAGGUCAAGAUAUUGAAAGAACUUACAGGCCAUGAAAACGUGGUUCAGUUCUAUAACGCUUUCGAGGAUGAUUCAUAUGUGUACAUAGUUAUGGAGUUAUGCGAGGGGGGAGAACUACUAGACCGGAUAUUGGGCAAGAAGGACAGCCGAUAUACUGAAAAAGAUGCAGCAGUGGUUGUAAGGCAGAUGCUGAAGGUUGCAGCUCAAUGUCAUUUACAUGGUUUAGUACAUCGCGACAUGAAGCCAGAGAAUUUUCUUUUCAAAUCAAAUAGAGAAGAUUCAGCUUUAAAGGCUACUGAUUUUGGUUUGUCUGAUUUCAUAAAACCUGGAAAAAGGUUUCCGGAUAUUGUUGGAAGUGCUUACUACGUUGCACCAGAAGUGUUAAAACGGAAGUCAGGCCCUGAAUCUGAUGUAUGGAGUAUUGGUGUGAUUACAUACAUAUUGCUUUGUGGGAGACGGCCAUUUUGGGAUAAGACUGAGGAUGGUAUCUUCAAGGAGGUCCUACGGAAUAAGCCUGAUUUCCGGCGGAAACCAUGGCCAACCAUAAGUACUCCUGCAAAAGAUUUUGUGAAGAAAUUGUUGGUAAAAGAUCCUCGGGCAAGAUUAACUGCUGCUCAGGCUCUAUCACAUCCAUGGGUUAGAGAAGGCGGAGAGGCAUCCGAGAUUCCGAUUGAUAUAUCUGUCCUAAAUAACAUGCGACAGUUUGUAAAGUAUAGUCGAUUGAAACAAUUUGCAUUGAGGGCAUUGGCCAGCACACUUAACGAAGGUGAGUUUUCUGAUCUAAAAGAUCAGUUUGAUGCAAUAGACGUGGACAAAAAUGGUGCUAUUAGUCUUGAAGAGAUGAGACAGGCUCUUGCUAAAGAUCUCCCAUGGAAGUUGAAAGAUUCCCGGGUAUUAGAGAUAUUGCAAGCGAUAGACAGCAACACAGAUGGACUUGUAGAUUUUACCGAGUUUGUAGCAGCUACAUUACAUGUGCAUCAAUUGGAGGAGCAUGACUCUGAUAAGUGGCAGCAACGGUCACAGGCUGCUUUUGAGAAAUUUGACUUAGAUAAGGAUGGCUAUAUUACUCCAGAGGAACUGAGAAUGGUUGGUGUUUCUCAAUCUCCCUUAACAGUUUUGCAUACUGGUAUGAGAGGCUCCAUUGAUCCUUUGCUUGAGGAAGCCGAUAUUGACAAAGAUGGAAAGAUCAGCUUACCAGAAUUUCGGAGACUUUUAAGAACUGCAAGCAUUGGUUCUCGAAAUAUAAAUAGCCCGUCUCACCGUAACAGAAGGGCCUAG